CUUCCUGUGCUGCAUCUCUGCUUUCUGAGAGGGGUGUUUAAAUACAGGCUGGAGACGCAGCCUUUCCAGUGUGCUCUGCUGGGCUGUGACAGCAGCAGCGGGGCUGCUUGAGCGGCGCUUUUUCUUUUUUGCACUAAUUCCCCUUCAAAAAGGAACUUCUCGGGGAGAAGGCUCUGAGACUGCAUGUCCCAACAGUACCCGCUGAAGGAGGUGAAGGGAGACGCGGUUUGCUUCGUACCUGGCUCUCCUCUCUUCUCCGUCCUAAUGGAGCCAGCUUCUUUUUGCUAUCCCCGGCUCACCUUUCUCCGCUCACCCUAUGGCCAGUUUGGGGCAAGCGCUGGCUCUUCGCAGGAUUUGGCCCCAUGGCCGCAACGUUUGGUGACACAGAGAUGGACCGGGCCGGUGGACGAGUCUCCACCAGCAGCAAUGUCAAGAAAUGGAUACUUCUUUGAAGAGAGUGGGUACCUCAAGUGCGACACGGACGAUGGCUGCGAGACCAAGGAGGAGACAGGGGGCGAGGAGCUCUUCGACGCGGUGAAUUCCUCCAUUGUCUCGGGGGACAGCAUCCGCUUCUUUGUCAAUGUCAACCUGGAGGUGCCGCCGAAUGCUACUGCUGAAAAUGAAAGUGCUGGCUGCGUGUUACUGCACACAUCAAGGAAGUACCUGAAGUUAAAGAAUUUUGAGGAGGAAGUCAGAGCCCACAGAGACCUGGAUGGGUUCUUGGCCAGAGCCAGCAUCAUCCUUGAUGAAACGGCCACCUCCUUGGACGAUGUUCUUCGAGAGAUGCUGAAACAUUUUGCCGAAGAUCCUGAGAACAUGGAGCCAAGCUGCAACUUUGAAAAAAUCAUGAGCACUUUAUUCACGGAUUCAGGGACCCCACGAGAAGGGAACGGCACCCAUGAUGUUUCAGAGUCAACAGGAAUGAAUAUACAAACAUGUACAUCGCACCUCAAAUUUCACCUCUUAUCCGAUACAAUUCAAGGGGUCACAGCGACAGUCACGGGGGUGCAGUAUCAGCAGUCCUGGCUCUGUAUCAUUUGCACUAUAAAGUCCCUUCAGCGACGUCACGUUUGCAUCAGCCGCCUGGAGAGGCCUCAGAAUUGGGGUGAAAACUCCUGUGAAGUAAGAUUUGUGAUAUUAGUCCUGGCUCCUCCUAAAAUGAAAAGUACCAAAACAGCCACAGAAGUGGGCAGGACGUUUGCCACAAUGUUUUCGGACAUAACCUUUCGGCAGAAACUCCUAGAAACCAAAACUGAAGAGGAGUUCAAGGAAGCCUUAGUCCACCAACGCCACUUGUUGACGGUGGUGAAUCAGAGACCCUCGGCGAUGAGCGAUGGGCACAAGUCGCAUGGUCCUAAGCCACUCAAGUUGCAUGAGUUUCUCAGUGUUGGCAAGGGGAUUUCUGAUGACAUUGCACGAAGAUUUCCAGUGUACGCUUUGGACUUCACUGACGGUGUUAUUGGAAACAACAAAGCUAUAGGAAAAUACAUCACAACUAUGAUCUUUCUGUAUUUUGCGUGCCUCCUUCCCUCCAUUGCAUUUGGGUCACUCAAUGAUGAAAAUACUCGAGGAGCUAUUGAUGUGCAGAAGACAAUUGUUGGCCAGUGUAUUGGAGGGCUGCUUUACGCGCUCUUUUCGGGGCAACCUCUAGUUGUGCUCCUAACUACGGCUCCUUUAGCACUCUACAUUAAUGUCAUCCGAGGAAUCUGUGAUGACUACAACUUGGAUUUCAGUGCUUUUUAUGCCUGGAUUGGACUGUGGAACAGCUUUUUCCUUGUGAUGUACUCCCUCUUUAAUUUCAGUCUUCUGAUGAAGCUCUUUAAAAGAUCAACAGAAGAAAUAAUUGCACUUUUUAUAUCCAUCACGUUUGUGCUUGAUGCCUUCAAAGGCAUUAUUAAAGUUUUUAAGAAAUAUUACUACCAUGGGCGCACAGGAGACAGUUACUUGGAAAAAGCACGAACUGAUGCUAUUCCAAGCCUCGGCAUCAAUACCACCUUCUUGAUGAAUUCAUCAGUGAGCAGAUCCAUGUCCCUAGAGAAUCAAACAGGCACGCAUGAUGUGCAUUAUGGACGUGAAACUGCUGUCCUUAGUCUCAUGUUGAUGUUGGGUACCCUUUGGCUUGGUCAUACGCUCUAUCAGUUUAAGAAAAGCCCAUAUUUACAUGCGAGAGUACGUGAAAUUCUGUCCGACUGUGCCUUACCAAUUUCAGUUCUGACUUUCUCUGUUGUGGGUUCCUAUAUCUUCAAGGAAAUCGAAAUGUCUAAAUUUAACUACAACCCAUCUGAGAGCUUGUUUGUGCUGGCCCCAGUCCAGUCUCUCUCCAUCGGGUCAGUGAUGAGUGCCAUGGGGCUGGGGUUCCUCCUGUCAAUGCUGUUCUUCAUAGAGCAGAACAUCGUAGCAUCGCUCACAAAUGCCCCGGAGAACAGGUUGGUGAAGGGAACAGCCUAUCACUGGGACCUCCUCCUCGUGGCACUGAUUAACACAGGGCUGUCAGUCUUUGGCCUCCCGUGGAUCCAUGCUGCCUUCCCUCACUCCCCUAUGCAUGUCCGCGCCCUGGCCUACGUGGAGGAGAGGGUUGAAAAUGGACACAUCUACGAGACGAUUGUGAGUGUGAAGGAGACCCGGCUGACAAGCCUAGUGGCAAACUUCUUGGUUGGCCUUUCGCUCCUGCUCCUCCCUUUCCCUCUCCAGUGGAUCCCAAAGCCGGUCCUCUAUGGCCUCUUCCUCUACAUUGCAUUGACCUCCAUUGAUGGGAACCAGCUCUUUGAAAGGGUGGCUCUCCUGCUCAAAGAACAGACCGCUUAUCCUCCAACACAUUACAUCCGCAGAGUGCCCCAGAGGAAGAUCCACUAUUUCACAGGCUUGCAGGUCCUGCAGCUCCUCAUCCUCUGUGGUUUUGGCAUGUCACCGUUGCCCUACAUGAAGAUGAUCUUCCCGCUCAUCAUGAUAGGGAUGAUCCCAAUCAGGUAUAACCUGCUCCCGAGGAUCAUCGAAGCCAAGUACUUGGAUGCUAUGGAUGCAGAGCAUUAAACGGGGUCCUCCACACACAGAACAGUGAGGACAGCUCUUUUGGAGUUGAAAGGCAGCUUUGCUGAGGCAUAGAACAAUCUAUCUGCAGUUCUUUCUUUCACCACUUUCUUUCUGCUCUAAUAUGGCAUUGGUAAUGCACACAUAUCAAAGACCAAUUGAGCGUUGAAGUGUCAGACCAAAACAGCCUUGGACUUGGGAGGCCGAUGCACUUUGGAGCUGUGAGGCAAGCAAGCUUUAUGGAAAUGCUACUUUCCACAUCCCACAACUGGAAACCCCAAAGAUCAGCAUGUCUGUACUGGUUGGAGCAUGUGUUCUCAGAGUUGUCAUGUGUUCCCUCGUCUGAUGGGUGGGGGGAGUCGCUUUUUUAUGCACCAUGUCCCUUUCUUCCAAAACACUAUAAGGACAGCAACUGACCCUUCUUUUAGAGAAUGACAGUCCUGUUCUGGCCUUUGAAUUCAAUUUCCUGUGCAUCCAGUAUUCACAAAUUGGUAUUCUGGGUGGAUUGGCCUCAUGCUAAACCACUGAUGUCAGGAGAGAUGUCUGGCCAUCUCUUCAGAUUAGCAGAGUUAGAAACAGAUAUAAUUUGUACUGAUACAAUCCACAGCUUUGAAUGAAUAUUUAAUUCCUACAAAUGAGCUGGAAAUGUUCAGAGGUUGGGCUCGCAUGGUGAUGUUGAUGAAACCACAUCUGGGUCUGAGCUAUUUGGGAAUUGUUUUGGAUCUUUCUGGUAUUACUUCUCGGUAAUCAAACACAGAAGUGUAGUUUUGCACAACUGCUACAUUCUUGCUUGCACCCAGAGUCAGAUGCUGAAACUUGUCAAAGGGCAGUUGUGUUAACGAUUGCAUAUACAUAUGUACAGUAGUGCCUAUGUGUACAUAUAUACAUAUGGAUUUGUGUAUAUAUAUUUUGCAUAGAUAUACAAAUAGGCCUGAUUCUUUCAAAAUAUCAAAGUGUUUUGUGCAGUCAGUGCUACCCGUGAUGUCUUGGCCAUAUACUUGUUCUCUGCUUCAAUGCUGCUUUUUCUCAUUUGAGAUAUGGUCACUUUUUUCCUUUUGAAGCUGCUCAGUUAUUGGUUUUGUUCAUGUGUUGCUUUAUUCAAGGUGUUCCUUUGCUUUCUUCUUCCCAUGGCUUGAGACGUUCAUCAUUCUGUCUUGAUGCUCCAACAUGUGAAUUUUGCAUUUAAUUUUAAUGUACAGCAUGCAAUGAAAGUUUUCCUCUUUUGCCUAAUCAAUAUUUGUUGGUCAUUUCAUUGUUUCUGUUUUGUAGCUAAUCUCCAGUUUUCCCCACUCCCAGACAUUAUAUUAUAUUUCUGGAUGAAUUUAACUUCUGCUGUCUUUUAUAUUUCAGUUUAUUUAAUUUUGCUUGUACUAUGGUCAGUUUUCUUAUUUGGAGUACUGUGAAACAAGCUGCCCUUUAGUUCAGUGCUUGCCCUUUGCUGCACACUACAGAUCACAGGUAAAGUGUUAAGAAAAAUGUGGACCUCUGAAGAUAAUGAAGUUUCAAAACAGUAGAAAUGAGGGAAGAAGAGUAAUAUAAAAUAAAAUGCAAAUACAUUAUUAGUAAAGAGAAGUGUUUCUUACCAAUUACUUGCCCAGUAAAUGGUGCAGCGUUUUUAUCAGCACAUGCCCUACUGAUUGGGUGUUCCUCUGCAUGAUGAGCAAGACCAACUCUAAUGAGGGAAGAAGGCAUUGGGUAGGUAGUUUCUAUUGCUGAAACUAAGCCAGACUCAAGCCACUGAUGAGUUGGUGUAUUUGCACUAAAUAUCAGGUGGUAUUUCAUCUUAAUGUAGCUGCCUAUGGCUUUAAAACAUGUAUGGAAAACUAAAUUUUUAUUUUCUUAUGGGACCCUUCAUCUUUGCAUUGAUGUUUGAUGGAGGAGAGCAGUUAGAGUGUUCCCAAGAAGGUGGCCAUGGUUUAUAUAUCCCCGAGCAAUCACAGGGGAGAAAGCCCUCAGCUUAGCAAGCAAAACAACAUCACGUGAUCUUGAAAGUAUGACCUUCAUGUUGCACCAACCAACUCUUGUGGGACUGCUGAGAAGUCUCAGGGUCAGGAUGACCACCCUGGUACAUCCAAGCAGGUAAUGCCAAGCAUUUAGCUUUCAGUCAGUCUUGGAGGCAGCACAGGUAACUUACGCCAGGUCUGAUAAGUGGUGUGACAGCAGGUAUAAAUCCAUGCGUGGUUUCUGACCACCUUCGUCAAUAUUUCCUGGCUUUUGAGUCAUUUCUGUGGUGAGAUAGCUAAUAGCUGUUACUAGGGUCUACAAGUAGAAAUGGGGGGCAAACAGUCAGCGAACAGGAUUUUGGGGCAGUGCAAAGGCGGAGCUGGUAAAAGUAUGUCUGAUCUUCAGUCAACAGAAAAAGAGCAGGUGACAGCAAACAGUUCAGUACCUGUUGUAAGACAGGGAGUGUAGAGGCCUGGUGAUGCUUAAUUAACAUGCUUUUCCCACAAAUGUCAAAAGAUUUGACCAAAGGUAGAAUGAAAAACAUCAUCCUGUGGUUGAGUAAGCUAUUAAAUGCACGUGUCCUGGGGUUGCGUUUCUGGUGUCUCAGCUCUUGGCAGGAAGAAGCUACCCUGUGGGCUGGUUUAAAUCAUAUUGUGGAUGCUGUGGCUGGAGGAAGGGAGAGGAUGUGCAGAAGGGGAUGCCGGCUCUGGUCCUCUUUGAGGAAGAGCAGAGGCCCUGGGUGAAAUUUCCUCCAGCACAGAGCGUGGUGGGGUGAACUGGCACGCAGGUCUUGCCAGAGGAAAUAGUUUUGAGAUGUACCCUCCAUCCUCCCACUUAGGACCAAAAAUGUCCCCGUUUUAAAGCCUCUUUGAAAGCAUUGAUUUCAGAUAGUGUCAAAUGUUGCUAACUGAGAUCACUUAAAAUCCAGGUAGCUUGGGGAGGGGGGAGGAGUUAAAUAUCCACCACAACUCUUGUUUAUAUCUUUUAUUGCUGUUGCUUUACCAGUAUGACUUCAGGGUUCAUAUUUUCUUUGUAGCAUCAAUAGGAUUCUAUUCCGCAGGUUUUUCUUUUGACAAAGUCAGGGGCCAAAGAAUCAACUGAUGGGAAAUCAGCACAAAUUGGGAAAAGAAACUGUGCUGGCUUAGACUGGUUGGACGUUUGGACCCAUGUCUCAAUAUAUGGGUAGAAGGGAGAUGUGAGACUCAAGGCUUCUUGGCUCCUAUGGGGUUGUAAUGAUCCCACAGAGGAUUUUUUUUUCAUACAAGUACCUUUUCUCUUCUUGUUUGCUUCUGGUUUUGCUGACUUAAGUGCAGACGUUUCCAGGAAGUAGGCUAACUAGGGAAGGAGAGUUUGUUCAGAGUUGAUUGAGCACUUUAAUACUUCUGUGAAGGUUAAGACAAUUAGAAUGUAAAAGAAGUUUUAUUAUAAGCUUUUUAUAUACGCACAAUGCUAUGUAUAACUGUUGCCAAAGAACUGAGUUUGAAGGGUGUUGAUAGCUAUUAAGAGUCCAUGAUGUUCACCUGGAACUGCAAGGUAGUAAAAGCUUCUGAAAAUGAGUGGAUUUUGGAAGUUACCUUUUGACAGCUGCCAAAGUGAUCAGAAACUGGGGAUAGAAUAAACUUCUACUCUCAAACCUGUAGUUUUUGAUCCUUGCAUUGAAUGUAAGAGUUAGAAGUUAGCUUGACAAUUAAAAUCGGAGUUAUACC